UGUAUGGUCCAAGGCCUGGUUGUUAUUAGUGGCAUUCUUAUGGAAACAUCUUUAGGAAAUGCAUUAAUUUGAUAGAGGCAAAUAAAAACUCCUUUAUGUUUUCAGUGAACACCAUAACAUCCACAAGUUAAUAAUGGAAGUACAAAGCCAGACAGAGAUUCCUGACUCUUUUACUGAAACAAACAUUGAUAGAGAAUUGCUGGAAACAGGUGAUCUUAAGAAACCUAGUAGAAUCCAGCCUUAUCAGUGUGUUGAAUGUGGGAAGGAAUUUACAACGUCAAGUCACCUGCAGAGACAUCAGAAGAUUCAUGGUGGAAUCGAACCUUAUCAGUGUGGUGAAUGUGGGAAAAGAUUUACACAGUCAGAUAACCUGAAGAGACACAUGAUGAGUCACAGUGGAAUCCAGCCUUAUCAGUGUGCUGAAUGUGACAAAGAAUUUACACAAUCGGAUCAACUGCAGACACACAUGAUGAUUCACAGUGGAAUCAAGCCUCAUCAGUGCCUUGUGUGUAAUAAAACAUUCACACAGUCAAGUAGCCUACAGACACACAUGCGGAUUCACAGUGGAAUCCAGCCUUAUGAAUGUGUUGAAUGUGGGAACAAAUUUACAUACUCAGCUAGUCUGCAGAGGCACAUGAGGACUCAUACUGGAAUCAAGCCUUAUCAGUGUGUUGAAUGUGGUAAAGAAUUUACUGAGUCAGGUGCCCUUCAGAAACACAUGAGGGUUCACACUGGAGUCAAGCCUUAUCAGUGUGGUGAAUGUGGGAAAAGAUUUACACACUCUCAAAGCCUCGAGAAACACAUGAGGGUUCACACUGGAAUCAAGCCUUAUCAGUGUGUUGAAUGUGGUAAAGAAUUUACUGAGUCAGGUGCCCUUCAGAAACACAUGAGGGUUCACACUGGUAUCAAGCCUUAUGAGUGUGUCGAAUGUGGGAAAGCAUUUGCACAAUCAUGGAACCUGCAGACACACAUGACAAUUCACAAUGGAAUCAAGCCUUGUAAGUGUGUUGAAUGUGGGAAAGAAUUUACACAAUCACGUUACCUGCAGAGACACGUGAUGACACACAGUGGAAUCAAGGCUUAUCAGUGUGUUGAAUGUGGGAAAAGAUUUACACAGUCAAAUGCCCUGCAGAGACACAUGGCAAGUCACAGUGGAAUCAAGCCUUUUCUAUGUGAUGAAUGUGGGAAAGGAUUUACACAGUCACGUUACCUGCAGAGACACAUGAAGAUUCACAGUGGAAAGAAGCCUCACCAGUGUGAUUAAUGUGGGAAAGGAUUUACACAGUCAGGUGCCAUGCAGAGACACAUGAGGAUUCACAGUGGUAUCAACUGACUGGAUCGAGUGGACUGAAGUCAUUAAUGUAAUGAGUGUAUACAUACUGAAUAAUAACAAUCAAUACCUGGAGAUGAUUGUACUCCAUCUGUUCUAUGUACAUGAUGUAACUGCAUAUAUCAGAGACUCCCUAUGUUUAACCUUUAAAUAACUUAUCUUCAACAUGUUCAAGCAUCUUCCCGAGGCAAUGGAGUUAACUGACUGUAAAAGUCCAGUUUCCACUCUUGUCGAACAAGGCUGAAAUUCCUGGGCUCGAUCAUAGCGCUAGCAGUGGUGAAUACAAGUUUUGUCCCUUCUAUGCCCCUCCUAUCGACCAAUGAGAUUUCACCUCUAAUAUCACUUGUAUUUGCCUCAAACAAAGACGAUCUGAUCAAUGAUCAUGAUCUGUGAUGUACCAAGACUGGUCUUACCUCACGAAGUGCAUCAAAUCAUGUGAGAUCUUUGAAUGAACACAUGAAAAGGUUUUGAAAAUCUCUGUUGAUGCCCAGUUGACUGUAAAAAUCAUAUGCAAAUCCUACAGUCAACUAAAAUUUGCACGUUGAAAUCCAUGUUGUUUAUGAACUGUAUGUUGAUGUUGUUACACGAUUUUGAUUGGACUAUGCAUAGACUCGUUAGUCCAGCCGAAAUAUAACUCCAUAAUCCCAGCCCAAUUCGGCAUUUGUGGAACUGGACUUUUACAGUCUGCUAACUCUGUUGCCUUGGGAAGAUGAUUUUCAAGGAGAUGGGCAAUAUGUAGUCUGGGCUAAUCCAUCAUCGAGGCAUUUUAGAACAGCUUGUUUUUCUAUUUUUCAUGAUUAUACAACAUCUUUGAUCGUCUACACAUGGCAAAAGUUGUGAGUGUACACCUGUCUAUGUUCAAUAUGUUAUUCAUUUUGGGGGGCAUGGGUGGCCCAGUUGUCUAAGGCACCGCUAUCCGCUGUGCAGAGUUGCGUCCCUUGGGCAGCCAGAAACCUAUGAUUGUGGGUUUGCCCCGAUUAUGUUUGUAGGU